GAGUAACCAUGAUCAAGCCCUGAGCAACGGAACUAGUGCUGGUAUUGUUGGUGCUGAGGCUGAGAGGGUUUCAAGCUCUAGAAUUUCAUCUCUGCUGGCCUCCACAGAUCGUGAUUAUCUUCUUUCUCCAUCUGGAAAUCAGCUGUCACGAGAUUCACAUGCCGAAAUCGCUGUCCUAAUCAAUUAGCUGGCACGUGUCCCAAGCUAGUACCGACACCUAUCCACCUUGUAAAAGUAAAUUUGGUAGAACAUCGCAAUCAAGCUUCCGUAGAUUCUAGGCUUUGGGCCGGCACAGAAUGGUCCACUGUUGUCGGAAUUAUUGAAGCGGCCCAUUAGAUCCAUCACUAUUCUAGUUCAUGUUGGAAACCAGUUGGGUGAAAGUUGCUGAUCUUGAUGGGAAGAUAAUAGGGCUCUACUUCUCAGCCAAUUGGUACCCGCCCUGCUGGAACUUCAACCAAGUCCUAGUUGGUAUCUAUAAUCAGCUUAAGAACAGUAGCAUUACGGGGUCUAGCUUUGAGAUUGUGUACAUAUCAUCUGAUGAAGACUCUGACGCCUUUAACACCUACCAUGCUUGCAUGCCGUGGCUGGCGAUUCCGUUUUCGGAUUUAGAGACCAAGAAAGCUCUGAACCGCAAGUUUGAGAUAGAGGGAAUUCCGAGCUUGGUUAUUCUGCAACCUAGUGAUGGUGAUGGGGCUACGUUGCAUGAUGGAGUUGAGCUCAUUUAUCGCUAUGGUGUCCAAGCCUUCCCUUUUACUAGACAGAGGCUGGAACAGUUGGAGGAGGAGGAGAAACAGAAGCAUGAGAACCAGACCUUGACCAAUCUACUAACGAACCACGACAGACACUAUCUUCUUCUGGGCCAUCAGACGCCUAAUCAGGUGCCUGUGGCCUCAUUGGUAGGCAAGACAAUUGGACUCUACUUCUCAGCUCAAUGGUGCAUUCCCUGCGUUAAUUUCACUCCUAGGCUAAUCUCAAUCUACAAGAAGAUUAAAGAGCAAAUGCUAGUAGGUGAUCAACAACAAGAUGGAGAGGACUUCGAGAUAGUGUUUGUUUCAAGUGAUCGUGACCGAACAUCCUUUGAAGCCUACUUCAGCACCAUGCCAUGGCUGGCAUUGCCUUUUGAGGAUCCCAACAUCAAAGAGCUUGUGAAGCAUUUCGAUGUCAAAGGUAUUCCUUGUUUGGUAAUUUUGGGGCCGGAUGGUAAAACUGUCACCAGGCAGGGUAGAAAUCUGAUAAACUUGUACAAAGAAAAUGCGUAUCCCUUCACCGAUGCGAAGUUGGAAUUGCUGGAGAAGAAAAUGGAUGAAGAGGCGAAGAGCCUGCCCAGGUCGGUGUACCAUGGAGGGCAUAGGCAUGAGCUGAAUUUGGUGUCCGAAGGCAAUGGAGGAGGACCCUUUAUAUGUUGUGACUGUGAUGAACAAGGAUGCGGUUGGGCUUAUCAGUGUCUUGAAUGUGGAUAUGAGGUGCACCCCAAGUGUGUCGCAGCUGCUACUGGUGCAGUCAAUACGUGAUUCAUCGAUUCGUUUGACUGCUAAUCAAUGAUGCUAAUUAUACUAAAUUGAUCGCUGCUGUGUUAUAUGUCAUGAAAGCUUAUUAUACUAUUGGUCUGUUUAUUUUAAUUUGCAUGGUUAUAGGGAUUACGGUUCCCUGGUCUGUAUCUUAUUCGAAUUCUCAAGUAAUUGAGACUUUAUGAUGUUCGAUCAACUGCUACCGUAGGUCGGAUAUAGGGUUGCAGCUCCUUGAUUAUCCCUUCGUUUAUUUUGUAUGCCUCUUGGCAAGUGAUGCCAACAAUUCUGGCAAGAGAGUAUCAAAGCAAAAGAAAAACGAAAAUUUAUUCUA